AUGGCUCCGGCGUCGCCCUCGCCGAGACGGACUCCGACGGCCCGCCGCCGCGGACGCCCGCCCGGCACCACAAACGCGGCCAGGGCAGCGAGGCAGGCUUCCCUCUCUGCCGUGGUAGUCUCCGAGCCGCCUCCAAAGAAGCGCCGCUACAUCCCUGGUGGUCCUGGCGGCGGCGGCCGUUUUGUCGAUGCCGACAGCCUCGAUACACCUGCCUCGACGGCUGCCUCCGGCACCGUUUCGAGGUCCAGCAGGGCUGCUGCCUCGCGCAGCGCCCUCAACGGGGAGACGCCGUCGCUUCCGCGUCGCGAGAGGAGCACCCGUAUCCGGGCAGCUGCAAGCGAGGACGCAGACGACGUGUCUUGGGGCUCUGCCGCCGCCAUGGCUGCCUCCGUCAAGCAGGCUGAGGACUACAAGCCCCGAGAGGAGCGCGGCUGGGAGGAAUUCCACCCGAACCUCGACAUAGAGAAACUUUUCAUGGUCUUCACAGCCGAUGAUAUCGAUGGCUCCGUGCCGCCCGCGCCGGGCACGCCAGCCGCGCAGACUCCAGGUACGCCCUUGGUGAACGGGUCUAUGACUCCCCUGAGGCACGUCAACCCAGCCUCCACCGGCAACACCCCAAACCCUCAAGAAAAGUCCGAGAUUCCUGUCCCGGACACGCAAAUUGGGACGCCCUCGAGGCGCCCGCGACGCCAGACUCGCGACGCUAUCAGCUUCUAUGGCGUACGCCCUCUAGAGCUUGCCCCGACACCAAAGACACCCAAGAUUCUCCCUAUACAUAGCCAGACGGCCAAGGAGCGCCUCGAUCUUAAACUACCAUCCUACCGCAAGACGAACCGCAUCGAGCUCUUUGAGAGCAAGACGUUCGGGCAGGCGCGUUACGUGGACAAGGCGAUGAGCAAUGUCGGCUAUCAAGAGAGCGACCAUUUCAUUCGCCCUGACACGCUCCUCAUCAAAGCCAUCGAUGGCAAUGCCGAAGACGAGGCGGAAAUGUCACCGCCUUCCAAGACCGAAGAGCACGCUCACCAUUCCAGACUCGGACGCGUCGAAUACGACAUGGACGAGCAGGACGACAUGUGGCUGGAGCACUACAAUGCCCAGCGCAAGCAUGGCGAGCUGGAGACCAUUACCAGAGAGAUUUUCGAAAUCACAAUGACCAAGAUCGAGAAGGAGUGGCAUACACUCGAGAGGCGGAUACCCAAACCAAACCCCAAGCCGCCGCAGACACAUCGACCGCGAUCUGGGUCAGCCGCCGCCGUAAACGGCGAGACCCAAGGCGCUGAAGAACCGGACAGCAAAUGUGCCAUCUGUGAUGACGGAGACUGCGAGAACACCAAUGCUAUUGUCUUUUGCGAUGGGUGCAACCUGGCCGUCCACCAAGAAUGCUACGGCGUUCCUUUUAUCCCCGAGGGCCAGUGGCUGUGCCGCAAGUGCCAGUUAUGCGGCCGUGGAGUUCCUACCUGCAUAUUCUGCCCCAACACAGACGGGGCGUUCAAGCAGACCAACUCGUCCAAAUGGGCACACUUGCUCUGCGCCAUGUGGAUUCCCGAAGUGUCCCUAGGCAACCACACCUUCAUGGAACCUGUGAUGGAUGUGGAAAAGGUCCCAAAGACGAGGUGGAAGCUCACUUGCUACAUCUGCCACCAGCGGAUGGGGGCGUGCAUUCAGUGCGGCAACAAAAACUGCUACCAAGCGUUCCACGUAACAUGCGCCAGGAAAGCUCAUCUGUACCUUAAGAUGAAGACGAGCCACGGCGCUCUUGCUGUGCUGGACGGUGGCAUGGUACUCAAGGCGUUCUGCGAUAGACACUGUCCGCCCGACUACGCCAAGGAGAACAACGUGCAUCAGGCGACGCGCGCUGCGAAAAAGUUCUACAAACGAAACAUGAGGGGCCGCAUCUGGGCGGACAAUCACGCCAUCGCCAACGUUAUUGCUGCGCAACAUCGCAAUGCCAUCACAGAGCACCCCCCUGACGAAUCCCAGGUGACAGGGGCGAAGAACUCGGCUGUCCUGGGCGACAAGAAGAAGGGCCAGGUGCCUAAGAACGUGUGGAAGCUCCCCUCGGGCGCCCCCAUCAUUCCCCAGGCGGUCUUUGACGUGGUCGAGGCCUCUAUCCAGCGCUUUCCCUUUCGCAAGCGCAAGGAUUUCCUCAGCGAGGCGUGUCGCUACUGGACCCUGAAGCGAGAAGCCCGUCGUGGGGCGGCUCUGCUCAAGCGACUGCAGUUGCAAAUGGAGACGUUCUCCUCCAUGGAGCUCACGAGGCGGAACUUUGCAUCGAUGGGACCGAGCGGCAAAGCGCGCUUGGCUCGCCGAAUUGAGUUUGCCCAAGGGAUCAUCAACGACUUGGAACAGCUCAAGACUCUUUCAGAGGACAUUGUGCAGCGCGAACAGAUCAAGGUGGAUGCGGCCGAACUUGAGCAAGAAUUCGUCGACGAAUGCUACUUUCCAGUGGCAAAACUUCUCACCCCGGCGAUUGAGAAGGCAGCAUCACUGGACAAGGACCUGUUCUCAAGCGGACUGGAACGCAUCGAGAAGCGCGUCGGCGAACGCUUCUACACGACUGCGCUUGCUUUUGCUCACGAGCUUGGGGAUGUUAUCAACGCAGGCAUUGUGACUACCCCCGUGAUGCAAGAUAUAUCCGAGCCACAGUUCGAGACGACGGAGGGGGCGGCGUCCAAGAAUGCCUUUUUGGACAUACGCGAGAGGCGAAAGCUCGGAAAGCGCAUUCUCAAGGCGGUUCAGCCAUAUCUCGAGACAGCCUUGCGAGUCGAGUCGGAAAUCUCGAACAAGCCGUUUGAAACCCUGCAAAAGGAGCUGGAGAGCUUGAUCGACACGAGUCUCGACACUGGCCGGGUUGCCAUCGGGGCUGGGGUGGAAAAGCAAGAGGCUGAUGAGGAUACGAUCAUGGUGGACGCGCCGGACUCGUCCGAAAUUACGGUUAAGAGCUCUUUCAACAAUGACGACAUGGCGCAAGAGGCCGAUAUCGACGGCGACGCCAUGGACACGGCCGAUGAUGUCGAGGAGAACGGCGACAACAUCGAGGUCAACACGUCCGGCUUUGGCAAGGACGCGGAUAAAGCACAAUCGUCUCCCCGGAAGAGCAAGCGCAGCAUCAUCAUGAACAGUAUUGAAUCGUCGGAGACACCUCCUGACAGCAACGGGUUUGUCCCGGCGGCUCAAACAGACCAGGCUGGGCCACCCACACCGCCACAGUCGAAUGGCAGCUUCGGCAAGGAGCCGGCUGACCCGCUGGUCGAGGGCGGCAUUCUAUGGUACCUCAAAUCCAUGAAGCCCGAAGGCACGUCCAUCCUUGGCGAGCACUGGGCUGCUGGUCGGGACGCGGUGCGCAUGCUAAGCGAGGAUUUAACGGAUCUCGACGACGAAGAGCUUAAGGGGCUCGGACGUGAUGUCGAUGACUCUGUCACUGCCGCGAUGCUGGAUGCCGAGACCGCGUCGUCUACUGUCGCGACAAAGAGCAAGGCGAAUGCCAACAAGACACGGAAGCGGAGGACGUCCGGCAGGAGACGCUGA